GUUCUUCUGAGCCUGCUGCUGCUCAGCCUCUGACUAUCCUCUUUCGCUGUGCCCUCUUUCAGCUUUUGCUGAGCGUACAAACACUGCUCUUUGUCCUCCACAGCCCCAAGCUGCACUUCCCUGCCAUUUCCUCUGGUGCACAGGGUCUACUUAGCGGGAGAUUUGGAGUCACGAGCAGGGAUUGUGAACCCCGCAGCCCAGGAUACUUGUGUUAGCGAUGCAAGCUUUUGAGUGCGCUGUGUUGCAGGGCUCUUUGGACCAUUUACUAUGAAACUCAAUGAUUUGUUGACCAAAUGCUGAUCACCGUCUUAACCACCUCAGAAACGGAGCCAUAGGACUGCAAGUAUGGGUGGUUGCUUAGGGGCUUGUGCCAAGCCUCCGCCUCCAACGCCUUCCGACAAACUUGUCUCGCGACGACCGCGGUCGUCCAAGUGUCGAGCUCGAGUGCGUGGGCACAUCGUAAAGCAACCUCGUGAUUGGUGGACCACCAGCUCGAAUGAGAUGGAGAAUCACAACACGCUAGACGCUGGACCCCCCCAAAACGUUCCUUCUGAUCAUGGGGCAGGCACUGCUUCGAAUACCGCAUAUUCUAAUCAUGCUUUAGCAUUGUGGAACCAGCAACGGUCUGCUUGGGUGGGGACUCAACCCCGACCACCGGCGCGACGUGAGCCGAGAGAGCCUGCUAUCAGCUGGAAUACUACUUAUGAGGAACUUCUUUCGACAAGUAGACCGUUUGCGCAGCCCAUCCCUUUACUAGAAAUGGUGGACUUUCUUGUGGAUGUAUGGGAGCAAGAAGGCCUCUAUGAAAGAAGAUAAUCAUGGAUGAGGAGUGUAGCAUGUGUUAAUCAUUUAUUAAGUUUGUUUGGAGUAGCACAAUGAACGAAUUUAUACUUUCUUCUUCACCUUACGUCUGAUUCUGAAGUGGAGUGUGGAACAGACGCAUAGUACAGUCUUACACUAAUCAGAAAUGUUCGCAUUUGCUAAUGUUA